CUGCUGACCAACAAUUUCCAACAUUUUUGUAUAUUAUCUCCAUUUCAUUCAUAUAUGGUUGGGCGUAAUGUGGAAGCUAAAGAUGCGGCUAGGGGUGCUUUAAAAUCACCAUGGUGGACUUUGGGUUGUGAAUACCAGAAAGUGGCAAAUAUGGCUCAAUGGGAAGAUGAACAGAUUGAAUUUGUCAAAGAGAAAGUGACUCAGGAGGGUAGACAAGAAGAUCUAAAGAAAGGAAAAGAUCCCGCUCAGAUUGCAUUGGAUGAAGCUGCAUUCCUGUUGGAUUUAGCUUCUAUUGAUGGUAAAUGGGAUGACUAUUUGGAGAGAAUUGCUGAAUGUUACAAGGAGGCUGGGCUUCAUGACAUUGCCAGUUUUGUAGUUUAUAGGGACUGAAUUGAAUGCCAAUUAUCAUGUGGAAUACCAUCAAUUCUCAUUAGAUUGUUUUGGAAACAUAAUAUACUUUCCAAUUUUUUGUACUUUCUCUUACCGGGAUCAUCAUUAUUAUCGUGCUUCACCCUAUAGACGGGGAAAAGAAAAACACCAGAGAACAAAAUUUUUAAUCUGCUCCGUGAAAGCUUUAAA